AUGUUUUUCAAGCCUCUGGAUCUCACCACUGCUCUGCGCCCCUCACUGUUGCCCGAUGAGACCUUGCUCUUUGUCCAGGAUGCCGUGGGGUUGUACGAAGGGAAAUACAAAAUCCCCAAUUACCAAAAUGGUCAUGCCUAUCUGACCUCGCAUCGAGUCUGUUAUGUGGCGGCGGAUGAGCCGCGGAGAUACUCGGUCGGGAUCGACCUGAAAGACAUCGACAGGGCGGACUACCAAGCAGGCUUCUUGAAGUCGUCCCCAAAGAUCACCUUAUAUCCCAAGCCGCUCAAGAACACACUCGACCGGUCGAAGAGCGCUGGCGCAAGUCCAUCGCGAUCGCAGUCUCCCCUGACCCCAACUUUGGUGCCACAGUUCAACCCGGCCCCUCCUACGCCUAUCAAUGCGACCUGGAUCUGCCCCAUAUGCUCGUUCUCUAACCCCGUGCCCUCCAAUUUCGACCCAUCCACGGCUACUGCAGCCACUCCGAUACCUCCUUGUCUAGCGUGUGGCAUCAAACCUCCCUUCGCGACGAUUCUCAAGGCCGCUAUCACUGCUGCGACCAGUCGCGAUAGCCCGUUGACAACCCCAGCCGUGUCGCAGCCUGGGAAUGAGUACUCGCCUCAGAGCAACGCUCCGAAGAGCGCAUCACUUUCACCAGGUGGCCCUCAGGUUUCAUGCCCUCGGUGUACUUUUGUAAAUCAUCCUUCCCUUAUAGAAUGUGAGAUCUGUGGUGCCUCCUUGGUCUCUGCGAGUGCUCUGAGGGCCACCAAUGGCGAUCAACACCGUGCGGAAUCUCCCGCGCCUCUUUUUGAUCAAGGGAGUAUAAAGAGCACUCAGAUUAAGGACAGCGUGAAACUGUCUUUCCGUGGAGGUGGGGAAAAGAUAUUCCACGAAAGACUGAAGGGUGCUUUGAUCCAGAGAAAAUGGCUGCUCUACAAUGCUCCGCCCGUGCCGCAGCAACCAUCAAGCUCCACCUCCCCGGGCUUGAAUGUGUCUGCACCGACGACUGGCUCUAUACCGCAAUCCCGCUCCCCCGGGGUGGGUAUUGCAGGCCUUGAGCGGCGAGGUCUCGAGGCCCGCAAAAACAACGAGCUCGUCAUCGGCAACGCAUUCGAGGAUCUCGAGGCGCUCAUGGCAUCUGCCAAGCAGAUCGUUGCGCUUGCUGAAACACUGGCCCGAGAGUCAGGCAUGGCUAGCGGCGGAAGCUCUGCAGAGACCAGCGCCGUUCUUUCAGAGUCCGCAGCAGCGUUGGGCAUGGUGACGACGAAAGACAUGCUUGGAUCCGGGGCUGAGAGCCUAUACCUCUCGGAGCUCUCUCGGAACUUGGCAGAGUACCUUACCGAUGAUCGGACAGGCAUCUUGUACAAAGAAGGCGGCAUCAUCAGUCUCAUUGAUCUUUGGGCCCUCUUCAACCGGUCCCGCAAUGGCGUCGAGCUCGUCAGUCCUUCAGACUUCCAGAAAGCUGCGGAACUAUGGGAGAAACUGAAGCUACCCGUCCGUCUCCGCCGCUUCAAGAGUGGACUACUCGUUGUCCAGCGAUACGACUGGAGUGACGAGAAGACCCUUCAGCAGUUGCUAGACUGGAUGGCCGAGCUGCGACAAGUGCCACCAAACGAGCCGGUGGCCUGGGACUGGCAUCUGCUCGGGCGCGGCGUGACCGCGCAAGAGGCAGCCCAGCGAUUCAAGUGGAGUGUAGGCGUUGCAGCGGAAGAAUUGGAAAUGGCAGAAGACAAGGGCAUCCUCUGCCGAGAGCAAGGCAUUGAAGGUCUCCGGUUUUGGUUCAACUACAUUACAUCCAGCCCCGAGUCGCCCGAUGUGGAUAGUCUGGGCAUCUCCAGGAUUGGCAUAGAAGACAGUCUUAUAUAGAGUCCGUGCCUGUCGGACAGCAAUUUCACGCCUAACGAUUACGAUAGUGAGAUCACGAUCAGCAAGUAAAAUUGAUCUAUGAUUUACUAUGGAUUACCUACCAUCUAAGAAGUCAAUCCCAACCGGGUUAUGUCUUCUCGCAUGAUUAAACCCCCCCUUCAUGACUUCGGAAACUGACCCGGAUCAGUCUACCGACGAAGAUGAAUUUCCCGACGAGCGCAUGGAGAAGUAUGGCAACACGGAGUGGUACAGUGCUAUUGUGAUGAGACUCGCGAGCCCCAUCGAGGACAAAGCUUUUGCUUCCAGGUUUCGACCAAAUGGCGAGGAUCUAUUCUAUAAAGAGCG